AUGGGGGAUGGAUUAGAAACAAGGAGGAAAAGAGAGCAACUUCAGUAUCUCUGCUAUGAGCACAUUAGUAUGACUUAUUCCCCAGGUGUUCAAAGUAGAAAUAGUUCAUUUCAUCAGCCAGAAAGAAGUUCUUCAGCUAAGGAUAUUUCAUCCUUGUGCAUGCCAUCCAGCUCACAGAGCAUACAGUACAACAAGAAUAGCUCUACAGAGUCAUCUGAAGAGAAAAGUCCACGGUUACUUCCAUCUCCCUCAGGACAAGCAUUUGUCUUUAAUUCUAGUGCUUCUAAAAGCACAGAUCAACAUUUUUUUAAACAUUCAGGUCAGUUUGGGGUUACCCAGUAUUAUCACCAGCUGCAGCAGUAUGGGGGAGGCUCACAUCCCCAGAGUUGCCCUGAAAGACACAGCCUUCUACAACCCUCAAUGCUAAUUCUGCCUGAGACCUUCUCAGGAGAAGCUGCUUCUGGGAUUCAAAGACCGCAGGGUGUUCAGUCCAGGCAGCUAGGAAAUACCUCAGAGACAUCUUGUUGUGAAGACAUCCUGCUUGUACCUGCUGUAUUCAAACCUCAGCACAUCUGGGAAGAUGUCCAGUCAACACCAGUGCAGUACAAACAUAUGAUGGAUCAUUCUCAACAGCAGCAGCCUCACCAUCACCCUAUUCAUAGCUCCACUGAACACCACAGACUUGUGGUUCCUACGAGUGGUGAUCCACAAAUGUACCCUGGAGCCAUUACUUCACAUUCUUCAAGUGGUGAGGAGUCAGAGUACACACCUCCUCAUCUACAUGUACAUGUUUCCCGAAAUCUACCAGAAAUCCAGAUGGAUGAACUGUUACCUGAAGAAGAACAGCCAGUGCCUUGGUUGUCUCACACACCUGACAACCUCUCGCCCACAGUACAGAUAGUCCAGAGACUGUCCAGAACAACUGUUCAUGACAGUAGAUAUAUUGACAGCCCGGGUUCGUUAUCACCUGGAAGUACUUCACCAAGAACAUCAAAAUCAAUGGCGCUUCAGGUUCCCACUCCGGAAAAGUCUCCAUCACUUAGCCCAACAAGUGCGGCAAAACAUAAACAACUCUUUGUGUUUCCAGAUAUAUGUCAGACAUCAAUGUUUCUGCCCACUCUAGAAAGUGCAGGACUGAACGUCACAGUUCCAGCAUUCACGUCGGAGAGCCAGAGGUGGCGGCAUGUGUCCUCUGAGAGCAGUGGUGGGGACUCAUUUACAACAGGUGAUGUAACAGUUGUACCAAAAACAUUAUUUAGCAUUGAUUCUGAUAUCAUUCACGAUGAUGAUGACCACACAUGCCAUGACACAGAAGCAGUAGAUGACACUGUUGUGGACUCAGAGACAGGGUCCAGUGUGCAGGAAGAAAGUGGCAGUAGCAGGGAACAGAGCCCCUUUUCUGGGGCAUUAGAUGCCAGUCGAGCACACUCUCCUGGAGGUAGAAGGGCAUCUCCUCUUGGACGCAGAGGUUCUCCACUAGGGAGACAGAGCUUGCACAGGCAGCAGGUAGUUCUGUGUGAUGAGGAGGGAGAAGCAGGCUAUAUGGGGGAUACUGGACAGUGUGUUGAAGAUGAUAAACUUCAGCCUCCAAAGUUUAAACGCAGGCUUCAUGAACGCUAUGUUUCUAGUCUGAAAGAAGAACCAGGAAAAAGUGAAGACCCUGCCUUGGAAGGCAGCAGUUCGGCUACACAUUUGGCAUUACCUGAUUCUGGAGACAUGAAGCCAGUUGUCAAGCUAGAGUCUGUUACUGACGAACAGGAGGAGUUAGGAGACAGCUCCUUACGUAAAAGCCCCAGACGAUCAUUAGCAGAUGAGAGCUACAGAGGUGAUUCUUAUGAACUCAGCGCUGAUGAAGGGGAUGUCUUCAUGGAACCUGUGAGAGUCCCACAGAGGAUGAAGCCCAAAAAUCAGCAGCAACCUCUGGAUUUAUCACGUGGAAUGCCUUUUCACGGCAUGUACCGAAACACCUCUCUACCAGAAGUGGAUGCAUCUACCAGCUCUCCAGGACCAAAGUCAAAUUACUCCCCAAUGUUUCGACCUACUCAUCGCUUUAGCUGCUCUCCACAUGGACUUUUGUCCCCACAGUCUCAGUCUCCAUUGUGCUCUGUCCCUGAAGGAGGCAGAAUCUUCAGUUUCAACAUGCCCAGUGCUUACGAAGCAGCUGGGGCACACUCUGAUACAGACAUCAUCUCCCCGAGUCCCUUGUCACCUCGUUUCUUCACAUUCCCUUCUGUUGCUCCCUCCCAUGGUGUCACACCGCUCUUGAACCCAGUGUCAGAAGUCAAUCGUUUAGCCGUUUCACCACGUGGUCUAUACCCGACGUCUCCGAUUCAAUUUUCCUUGCGCUCAAAGUCAGUAGCCCACAUAAAGUGGGAAACUUUUUCGAAGAGGUCAUUCUCAGAUUCUGAUGUUGCCUAUCAGUGUCCAGUUUGUGGUCAGGUGUUUCCUUCUAAUGACGGCCUAGCCAAGCACAUGGCCAAACAUCUGCCGACCGAAACUGUGCGUUCGGCAGACAAUAACAAAAUACACUAUUGUAAAGUCUGCGACCGGUCAUUCUCUCGGUCAGACAUGCUAACAAGACAUAUGCGACUGCACACUGGUCUCAAACCGUAUGAAUGUUUAGACUGUGGUCAAGUUUUCAGCCGAUCGGACCAUCUUAAUACACACAAGCGGACACAUACUGGAGAGAAGCCUUACAAAUGUCCCCAGUGCCCGUACGCUGCCUGCCGGAGAGACAUGAUAACACGACAUAUGCGGACUCAUGCUAAACGUACCUCUAAGCGCGAUCGGUUCCUCUCUGUUCCAGAUGACAGCACAGACACUUGUAAAACUUUGCUGCCGAGCCUUGACACUUCACUGGUUUCAGAACAUCCUAGAAGCCGCACAUGCUCAUCACUGUCCAGCAUUGAAAGUCUUGAUGUGGAACCCAGCCAGGGGGGACAUCGUAUCCUGCAGGCCAGUGUGGAAUCCAUUCUCUCCACCGAUGAGCCCAGCACUCACCCUAGAACAUCCAUAAGCAGUCGAGACUCUGAAGACCUUGAGGACUAUGCCGCCUCCUUCUGCCCAACACAGUGGUCACAGCCACGCAUUGUCAGCGAGGCUACCUCAGCCCCCUUUCAUGAACCAGGGGGAGAUGGCUACCACCAGCACACUGAAGAUGAUCCAUUUCUCCAAGGAGAUUACUAUGUCGAGAAACAUCACCGAGAGCCGAGCCCGCAUCCUAGAAAAUAUAUUUACCCUCAUGGCCCACCACACUCCCAUCAUCUUGAGAAGCAGCAGCCGCCUCACAAGCCCCACAUUGCGGCCUCACACUACAUGGGCAGCAGUUGCAGCAGUGGUAGUCAGUUGCAGAGCUCCAAUUCUACAUCUCACACCAGAGACUCCUAUUCUUGA